AUGUUCGAGUACUACGAAGAGCCCAUCUUCACCAACGAUCUCCUAUCGCUGAUGUAUAUUUUGGACGGCAAUGUGGACAGAAUCGUCUUCACAUCGAGGAUGGAUCCAAAGGUUUUUCCAAAGGAGGACACAGUCCCUACCAAGUAUGCAGAGGUAUUGUCGUCUUUCGGAAGCUUUCUAGAUUUCUACAGAGAUCUGAAGGAGGAGGGGGAGCAUGCAGAAAUAAUAGCUUAUUAUAAGCUAAAACAUAGCAGGCUCUCAUUCAUGGCUUUGCAUUCAAAAUAUGUCCAGAUCAUCAAAAAGAUGGACAAAGAAGAGGACAUUACUUACUAUAAUAAGAAUCUUUAUAAAACACUACUGGAGUGUAAUGAAUAUGCAUCCAAUAGAGGAUCUUCAGACAUGUUUCUGGCACCUUUUUACACAAGCCGAUUUUUCAAGCAGAAUGGAGAGCUUGGAAAGUCUAGAAGGCUAAGAAAAGAAGCAAGAAGAAUAGCAAGAAUCUCAAACAGGUUGAACGCCAUCCAGGAAAUGGACAAUGGGAUAUAG